AUGGCAAUGUGCUCCCUAGCCUCUGCACGCGCUAGGGAUGGCGCUUUAUAUUCGAAUCGGCGAUCACCAUCUCAGCUCUCACAUCCGCCACCGGAGGUUUUCUGGACAGCAGCUGCAGAGUCGAUACCUCGCAACCUGGCUGCAGCAAGAGGCAUCGAAUAUAUGAGGGCAUGUGCGAUUCUCAGUAUUACCGCUAUUCAAAAUGGUCAGAUCCGGGAGAUGCAUAAAUAUCUAGGGCACUAUCAUACACUAAGUAUUAUGGAAGGGCUACAUGAUGAGAAGUCAUGGCCUAAAGACUUGAGUACCAUUGAGGUUGAGGUUCGACGGAGGCUGUUCUGGUCUAUGUAUACACUUGAUGUUUAUUCGGCGACCGUGUGGGGAGGCAUGGUCCGUUUCAGAGAGAUCCAGUCAAAUGUACGCUACCCCAGAGAGGUAAAUGACGACCUUCUUGAUUUCGAAAACAAAGCACAAAUAUCGGCGGAUUACGCCACUCCGGCUUCUAAUACUUAUGAAUACUCUAUAUGGAUGCGGGGGUGGAAUUUCACUACUGAUCUUUAUAGAAUAUUGGAGCAUGCUAUUGACGGCCAGCGGCAAACGCUGCGCGGCGAGAAUGAGAGCCCUUGGUCAUUAUUUCGUCCUAAUCCUGUCCCAGGCCAUUUGAUUAUAAAGCAUGUACAUUCUAUGUUCUCAGCUUUACCGUCGCAGCUUCGAUUAACCGGACCCGUCACUGGUGACCCUGAGAAUGAUAUUGUGGGAUUCCAAUCAGCCAAUAUACAAGCAACGCUCCAGCUUCUUAACAUGGUCCUUUCUUCAAAUGAGGACCAAGGGAUAGAGGAGAAAUGCGAAGUUGCUGGUAACGUGCUGAACGUGUUUACCAAAGUCCCGAUUGAAUAUCUAAAAGCUAUCAGUUCUCCACUGCUAUACCACUUGGGGGGAAUUGGGUUUAUUCUUGGAUCUGUCAUGGAAGGAAGCCUCUCUGAGGCGUCUUAUCAAAGAAUCCGCAAACUUCUAUUAGAGAUGGCAGCACUUCUGUAUCAAAUGGAGUCGGGACUCACCCGCUCCACUGGCGCCAGUGAACGACUCAAAACACAAGUUAUGCGUAUAGAUGAGUAUAUGGAUAAGGCUCGGCAUGCCAGUAUGCACGCUGGGCUGGCAGAAAUCGGCCAAUCGCAACACUUCGAAGGCUACGUACAACCUACUGCAGUCCAGUCUGCAGACUUUGAUGACCCGCUAACUUGCUUUGAGCUGCCUUCGGACUUACUGGAUGACUGGCCAUGGUCGUCCGGUGCUGGCUCGUUAGGUGGGAUGUUUCCGAUGGCGUUAGCGAAGACAGAUAACUAG